UGAACCCAUCUGGAACACUUACCUCGUCUCUGGACAGAUUUUACACCUGAUCAGCCGCGGCGGAGGACGUUAUGCGUAAAAAGGCGCACCGUCGUGACGCAGCGCCACUGGUUUGGGUUUAGACUAAACGAGCUCGCAGCUGAUCAAGUGGGACCACGUUUUCCCGAAGAGGAUUUAUCCAAAUCAUGGGGAUUUUGUGGACGUUUGUAUUUUGCUUCUUUGCUUUAUCAGAUGCUGUGAUCGACUUGACCAUGAUCUUUACAGCCGACGUCAACCACGUCAAACACUUCUACAUUUCUUGUAUCAUUGGAGAACGCAGCCAGACCAACGUCCAUUUGGAUGUCAAGAGAGACAACAAAAUCCUCAUAUUUCCCAAACAGCCAAGUUUUAAAGUCCAUAGGCCUGUGAACAAGGUGGCCAUAGCCAGAGACUUUCGGGAAUUGGAUUUUAUUGGCGUCUUCUACUGUGAAUCCACUAAGGAGGGGGCCCCUCUUGAGACCAUCACAAUGAUCAACAACUUUGGCCGAGUUAAUUUUAUGCCAAGCCCCCUUACACUGACCGUUGACAAAGGAGAGACAGCAAACCUUAAAAUGAAACUUGUCAACUUCGAAAAGAGAGACGUGACCUGGAAGUACAAUGGAAACUACUAUUACAUGACUCACUGGAGUGAUUUGACUAAUCACACGGCUGUACUGACGGUGGAGAAUGCAGCUUUUGCCAAUCAAGGCAUCUACAGCGCCAGCUACGUGGGGGACAGCCCUCUUCACGGUGCCUGGAUGAGGCUGAUUGUAAGAGAUUGUCCGAGUAAGAAGUGGGGCCCAUACUGUGACAAGGAUUGCCCCGAUUGUCUUAAUGGUGGCGUUUGUCAUGAAAUGGAUGGAGAAUGUGUCUGCCCUCCAGGAUUCAUGGGAACGCGCUGCGAGACAGCCUGCAGAGAAGGAAUGUUUGGUCGAAACUGCCAGGAGUCAUGUGGCUCUGAGCCGAACAGCAACUGCACAGGCUUACGCUUCUGCCUACCAGACCCUUACGGCUGCUCGUGCGCCAGCGGUUGGUUUGGAAGCCGCUGUGAGAGAGCCUGCCACGGUGACAUGUAUGGACCAGACUGUAGGCUGAGCUGUGAAUGCCAGAAUGGAGGCGUGUGCAACCGUUUCAGUGGAUGCCAGUGUCCAGCAGGAUGGAGAGGACAGAGCUGCGAGAAGUCAGAUCGAGCUCCUCAGAUUUUGGACUUGGAUAGUAACCUAGAGUUGAAUCUGAACUCCAGCCCAAAGAUCCUCUGCUCAGCCACAGGGAACCCUCUGCCCGGUCAUGACAGCAUUGAGCUGCGAAGGCUCGACAGCACUGUGGUCAAGGCCUCUCAAACCAUCACAGACUCUAAUAAGAGCACUGCCAUGUUUGAGAUCUCUCGCCUGAGUGCUCAGCAGGGAGGAUUGUGGGAGUGCAGGGUGUCCACUAAUGGAGGCCAGGACUCCCGCAACUUCAACCUCACCAUUAAAGAGCCUCCAGUGCCCACCUCUGCCCCAAAACUGCUGGAAAAGAGGAGUAAGCAGCUGAUGGUGGUGCCGGUGGAGUCUUACAGAGGAGAUGGCCCCAUCAUCUCAACCAGACUCCUCUACAAGCCUGUGGAAAAUGGAGGCUCUUGGUCCUCCAUUAUAGUUUACAGUGACAAAGAGCCCAUCACUCUGAUGAACCUGGAGCCUUCAACACGCUACCAAGUGAAAGUCCAGCUGACUCGCCCCGGGGAGGGAGGAGAGGGGGUCUCGGGACCGGAGGCCAUCAUGGAAACCGACUGUCCCGAGCCCACAGUUCAACCUGAGAUUGACAUCAGCUCAGUGGAGGGCCGCAAUGCGACCGUGCGCUGGCGACUGCCCGCCAACAGCGGCGUCACUAGCAGCACAGCAAGUGGCUUUUUAGUGCAGCUCUUCGCGCCGCCGCCCUACAAUGAGAAACUGGUGGAGUUGAACACCCGGCUCAGUGUGCUCUCCACCAAGUUCCACAACCUGGAGUAUCAUCAAGAAUACAGCGUGGUGGUGCGCCUCAUCAACUGUGGCAGCCACGGGCCGCUCUCCAUACCCCACCACUUCCUCAUCAAAGGCCAGGGUCCUUCAUCCCCUCGCAACAUCCAGGCUGUGACCCUGUCUGUGUCGGCCAUCCAAGUGAAGUGGCUGCCCCCCGAGAAUCCAAAUGGAGGCAUCGUUAAAUACAUCAUAGAGUACCAGCCAGUUGGCCAGGGAAGCACUCACCCUUGGGUGGACACAGAUGAUGGAAACAAGACCACCAAAGAUGUGACGGGACUCAACAGCAGCACACUCUACCAGUUGAGAGUGAGGGCUUUCUCCAAAGUGCUGGGAGAGUGGAGCGAAUUUGUUCAAGCGAAGACACAAGGGGAUGGCCUUUUGGAUUUAACCACGACGGUGGGGGAGGAGGUCAGGAAGCCGCCUGGGGACAGUACCCAGCUGCUGGUGGCAGUGGUGGGCUCUGUGACCGUUACCUGUGUGACCAUACUGCUGGUGCUGCUGGCGGUUUUCUUCGUCAGGAAGACUAUGCUCAACCGUCGCCGCACGUUUACAUACCAGUCUGGAUCGGGUGAGGAAACAAUCCUGCAGUUCAACUCAGGAACUUUGACCCUCACACGAAGGCCCAAGCCCACGCUGGAACCACUCACCUAUCCAAUCCUUGAGUGGGAGGACAUCAAGUUUGAAGAUGUCAUCGGGGAGGGCAACUUUGGCCAGGUAAUCAAAGCCAUGAUCAAAAAGGACGGCAGCAAAAUGAGUGCAGCCAUCAAGAUGCUGAAGGAGUUUGCCUCAGAGAAUGACCACAGAGACUUUGCUGGAGAGCUGGAGGUGCUGUGCAAACUAGGCCAACAUCCCAACAUCAUCAACUUGAUCGGAGCCUGUGAGAACCGAGGCUACCUGUACAUAGCCAUCGAAUACGCGCCCUACGGUAACCUGCUUGACUUUCUGAGGAAGAGUCGGGUGCUGGAGACGGACCCUGCCUUUGCAAAAGAGCACGGCACGGCGUCCACCCUCACGUCCCAGCAGCUGCUGCAGUUCUCCGUGGAUGUGGCCAAUGGGAUGCAUUACCUCAGCGACAAACAGUUCAUCCACAGGGAUCUGGCAGCGAGGAACGUCCUCGUGGGAGACAGCCAUGUGGCAAAGAUAGCUGAUUUUGGUCUGUCGCGCGGAGAGGAAGUUUAUGUCAAGAAGACAAUGGGGAGGCUGCCCGUCCGCUGGAUGGCCAUCGAGUCCCUGAAUUACAGCGUGUAUACAACCAAGAGUGAUGUGUGGUCUUUUGGAGUUCUCCUCUGGGAAAUUGUAAGCUUGGGUGGCACGCCAUACUGUGGAAUGACGUGUGCAGAGCUUUAUGAAAAACUGCCACAAGGUUUCAGGAUGGAGAAACCCAAAAACUGUGAUGACGAAGUCUACGAGCUAAUGAAGCAGUGCUGGAGGGAUCGUCCUUAUGAAAGACCCCCCUUCACCCAAAUAUCAGUCCAGCUGAACAGGAUGCAGGAGGCCAGGAAGGCUUUAUCCGCGUUGCAGGCAUAUGUGAAUAUGGCUCUCUUUGAAAACUUCACCUACGCUGGGAUCGAUGCCACCGCCGAGGAGGCCUGACUACCAGCCCCCCCAGACCCUCGCAUACCACGUAGCUCCAAGAGGAAGUCGCGCGGGAGGUCGCCGCGCUACUGCCACCACCCUCGCAUCCAACACCCUCGCAUCCAACACCGGGACAGGAGGACCGGCCGCUCCACCGCAACCACCCAGCUAUAGAUGGAGGACUGUGAAAGGACACUGUACAGAGCUAUUGCAGGCGUUGGGAGGUCGAGGAACAUGGCUGGGCCAUCAGUGGAGACUUGUGACUUCUACCUACCUUUUUCGGAAAUGUGAACAGUCCCAGAAAGAAGAAAAAAAGGCAACAAUUGAACAUCUUGCGUUCAGAAAACGACCACCGUUGGACCUCCUUUUCCGGGGGUUUGAGAGGGACUUGCACAUGUGGAGCUAUGUGUUUUGCUGAAACACCACAGGGUCUGUGGGGUUACAAAGCUGGACCUUUUCAUCUCGUCAUGAAGAUAAGCUGUAAUGACAGCACGGAUCAAUUCUCAGACUGUUUGAGAGUGAAUUCAUAUCGACAAACUUUCACCUGUGUAGCACUUAAAAGCCACCCCAUUUGUGGCACUUGUGUGUGCGUGUGUACUGUAUGUGUGUGUGUGUAUGUUAUUUUUUUAUUAUGCGUUUAUAGCAUAUCACUGCCACGUGAAAGUAACUGCUACUGUACAGUAUGUAUCGUCGUGACACAUUUUUUAAGAAUCCAAAGCUGUAUCAAAGCCUCAUAUUCAACGUAGUCAGAGUUACAGACUGAUUUAAACUAGACUAAGCUGGUUAUUCAUAUUUUGUAGUUAAAGUUAUACCACAAAAGUAUUUAUGGGGGAAAUGAAUCCAGCAGUUUGACUCCAAAGUGGUGUCAUCGGCUCUUUAGCUGCAUGCUUUGGACACUCGGGUGAAGAGGAGCUGAGCUGUCAGCUGAUCUCCAGCUGGUGGACGCAUGAAGUUAAUGAUCCUUUCAGAAACAAGGCAGUUAGCCCAGUUUGCACGUUUCACAGCGUCUGGAGGGGAGAGGCCAUGUAAAACAACCCUUUCAUCCACAUUGUUUCAGGGGUGUUUUGAUGUUAAAACACUGUCAUGGUUGUACAUACCAUCAGUCUAACUUUACUUGUAUAGUACUCGUUGUACAACAUGUGCAACACCUACAGGAUUAAAACAGAAGCAGCAAGUUUAAAAACACACACACUCCCAUCAUCUACCACCAGGACUCUUAAGUAUUAAAAUAAACAUUUGGUUCUUGAUGCAAGCUUAAACCCUCAUAUUAACAACAGACAUAAUACACUGUGUCACUGUAUUUUAGAUUUACACAAAAAAAACCAAGCAUAAUGCAGUGUUGGAGUCCAAGAUAUGUUCCUCCUGCAACACAUUUUUAUUAAACACCUUUACUUAACAGGCAAUUUAAGAUAGUCCUGAUUUAUCUUCAGCUCUCCAAGUGCCUCCAUUUUUAUGUACUAGUUAUCUUGUCCUCAUACGUUCUCCUGCCUUCCUUCGUGUCUCCUUUUCAGCCCGUUGUUUGGUUUUUUUAAACACGAUUUGGGCUUUUGAAGGCUGCUCCCCGUAUCUAAACCAUCUUCAGGGUGUUGUGUAGAAGUGCCAGUAUUACCAGCAUUAAUCAUUUUAGGGAGCACAAGAUCAAAACCAAUGUGGAAAAAUGUUUCAAAACUCAGUGUUUCUAUUGAAAAAAGUUUAUUUUGCGAAAAAAGACACAACAUGACCUGAGCUGCUGCAACAGACUGCUACUAGAGCUCAGUAAAACUGUUUUACAUUUAUACUUUUUAUUUCUUAUUUUUUUGUACCAUUUUAACAGUACAACACAAACUUGCGGGUACUUCCACUACAUGAGGAAGAUGUCUUGAAUGUUUUAAAUCUUUCCCAUUCUUAACUCUUAAACAUUGGGAACUGUCUUUAAACCAAGAAGGUCAGCAAAAAUUAAUUGUGUAAGAUCAAUACCGUGUUUUUUUUCCAGGUUUGUUUUUGCUGUGCAAACACACCUGAAUGCUCGCUAACAUUUCAUGUUGAUACUGUCACCUGACUACAAUUACCUAAUUAAGUGCAUUUGAUAAGCAGCACCUAUUGGUGCUUUUUAACUUCUUCUGUAAUAAAAAAAAACAACGUUUUUUGGCAAAUAUUUAAUGAUGGGGUUAUAAAUUCCAGCGUGUUGUGGUUCACGUUGGGGCAUCCAGUGUAAAAAACAGGUCAAGGGAGAGACGUAGAUGAUUAUUAUUGAGACGUGGACAGGACGAAGUCAUUUUAUGUCAUACUAUGUCCUGAAUGUUGUUUUAGAUUUUAACUUUAUGUCUUAUGCAACAUGAAAGGUGCAGCCUGCACCCGUUUUGCUCUGCUCUCUGCAGAAAAGUGUCCUGAAAAGAGCGUGAAUUCAGAUGUCUGAUUGGCCCAUAACACAAACACAAAAGAAAUCUAUCAGUUCUGAGCAGCCAAGUCUGGCUGGUAUAACAACAUUAUGUACGCUACAAGAAUGUUAAUAAAUGUGCUCCUUGAAUAAAGGUUUUGAUGCUCUCUUUUUGUUGUUGACUUUGACAAAGACUGUGUGGUUCUGAGCUUGUGUCCUGCUCAGUAGUGAGGACACUCAGCUGCCGGGCGUCUCGGAGAGCUCAGGAACAGCGAUGGUUCCAGCUGCUCUAAGCUGAUCUGUCGGUGGGUUUCCUCCACAAACCAACUGCAGGCACAGAGCUGUCUGUCAAGCAUUGCUUUCAGGAUGCCAACUUCCUGAAAACUCUCUAACUAUGUGUAUCAAGGAAACAAGCGUGGGCUGAGAUGUAUUUUUAACCCAUGUCAUGUGGAGAUCUAUGUUUUGGAUAUGGAAGCGGUUAACAAGAGACCUUUAUAUGGCCUCAAGACUCUACGUAAAUUCCCAUAAGCGUGUUUGUGAUUCCAGGGUAAAAAUAAAACAUUUAUGCUG